GCGGUGGCCGCUGAGGGCCGGGCGCGUCGCCGGGGUCUCGCGCGUUGUGAGGGGGAAACUCUGGUCACCCCAGAUCUCCCCGUAGCUGUGGGAUUUGGAGAAGGUCGCCUCGAGUGUCACUUCGCCAGAACCGUGGGCAGACACCGGUGGGACGGGACGUGCCAGCUAGCUCGCGGUCGAGUGAAACUUGGGAACCUUAAGAGGCAGAAAUGCUGAGCUUCCUGAGAAGAACGCUUGGCCGACGGUCUAUGCGCAAGCAUGCUGAAAAGGAGCGGCUCCGAGAGGCACAGCGUGCGGCCACACACAUUCCUGCGGCUGGGGAUGCCAAGUCCAUCAUCACGUGCAGGGUGUCCCUUCUGGACGGAACAGACGUCAGUGUGGACUUGCCGAAAAAAGCCAAAGGACAGGAGCUGUUUGACCAAAUUAUGUAUCACCUGGACUUGAUUGAAAGUGACUAUUUUGGUUUGAGAUUCAUGGAUUCAGCCCAAGUAGCACAUUGGUUGGAUGGUACAAAAAGCAUCAAAAAGCAAGUAAAAAUUGGUUCACCCUAUUGUCUUCAUCUUCGAGUUAAGUUUUAUUCCUCGGAACCAAAUAAUCUUCGUGAGGAGCUAACCCGGUAUUUAUUUGUUCUUCAGCUAAAACAAGAUAUUCUCAGUGGGAAAUUAGAGUGUCCCUUUGAUACAGCAGUUCAGUUGGCAGCUUAUAAUCUGCAAGCUGAACUUGGCGACUAUGAUCUUGCUGAACAUAGUCCUGAACUGGUCUCUGAGUUCAGGUUUGUGCCCAUCCAGACUGAAGAGAUGGAACUGGCUAUUUUUGAGAAAUGGAAGGAAUACAGAGGUCAGACACCAGCACAAGCUGAAACCAAUUACCUGAAUAAAGCCAAAUGGCUAGAAAUGUAUGGUGUUGAUAUGCACGUGGUCAAGGCUAGAGAUGGCAAUGACUAUAGUUUGGGACUGACUCCAACAGGAGUCCUUGUUUUUGAAGGAGAGACCAAAAUUGGCUUGUUUUUCUGGCCCAAGAUAACCAGAUUGGAUUUUAAGAAGAAUAAGUUAACUCUAGUGGUUGUGGAAGAUGAUGAUCAGGGCAAAGAACAAGAGCAUACCUUUGUCUUUAGAUUGGAUCACCCUAAAGCCUGCAAACACUUAUGGAAAUGUGCUGUGGAGCACCACGCCUUCUUCCGCCUCCGAGGACCUGUCCAGAAGAGUUCCCAUCGAUCGGGAUUCAUUCGACUAGGAUCCCGAUUUAGAUACAGUGGAAAAACAGAGUAUCAGACCACAAAAACUAAUAAAGCAAGAAGAUCAACCUCCUUUGAAAGAAGGCCCAGCAAGCGGUAUUCCCGACGGACUCUGCAAAUGAAAGCAAGCACAACAAAACCUGAAGAUCUUGGUGUUCUUAAUGCUUCAGCCCAGAACAGUGACUCCCAACAGGCUUGGGAUGUGAUGUCUUCUGUGCCUGUCACUUCUUCUUCAUCCUCUGGUCCUGUGCUGGUGGAGAUAGAGAAUCUUCCACAGAACUCUGUAGCAGAACAACAUGACAGGAAAUGCUUGCCCCUGAGUGUUGAUUUGCUCAACAGCCCAGACUUACUAGAAACAACCAUUGGUGAUGUAACAAGGACGUCAGAUUCAGCACCAUUCCCAGCACCAGAUGAUAUUAAUGUAGCCACCAGGUCACAUGAAUUAGAGGAGCUCAAAGCUGAAUCAUUAAAAGAUGACACAGAGAAGCUUAAACAGCUCGAAACAGAGCAGACGAUCUUGCCAUCUCUUCGACCUACCAUUGACAUUAAUGUCAACAGCCAGGAAGAAGUGGUAAAGUUGACUGAGAAAUGUCUUAAUAAUACCAUUGAGAGCCCAGGAUUGAACACAGUAAGGGUUCCUCCUGACUUCAAGAGUAAUAUUUUGAAAGCUCAAGUAGAAGCCGUGCAUAAGGUUACAAGAGAAGAUAGUUUAUUAACUCAUAAAAAUGCCAGCGUUCAGGAUGCUUCCACAAACAGUGCUGCAUUCAGUGAGAAUGACGUGCCUGUCUGUAAAGAUUCCCUCAUUCCGGUGCAUGGCACAGCUGCAGACAGUGACUCUGUACUAAAGGAUGCUACUGAUGAACUGGAUGCCUUACUUCUUUCUCUGACUGAGAAUCUGAUGGAUCACUCAGUAACACCUCAGGUGUCUUCACCAUCCAUGAUCACACCCCGGUGGAUUAUUCCACAGAGUGCUACCAUCUCCAAUGGGCUCGCAGGAUAUGGAGCAUCUUUGGCAGGGACAGAUGGAUGUGGUCAGAAAGAUGGAUUCUCUCUGAUUUCGCCCCCAGCGCCAUUCUUGGUAGAUGCUGUGACCAGGUCUGCCCCUCCCUUGCCUGAAGACUCAGCCUUGAAGCAGAAGUGCUUGCUGACUACUGAGCUCUGAGGGCCACUGCUCCCCACCUGUAACUGGAUGCCCCACACCGUCCCCAGUCAGCCCUGGACCCAUGUGUCCUCUACUUGGGGAAAGCCUUCUACCAGGAUUUGACUUUAACCCCAUAAAGAGAGUAGCUACAUUUUCCGUCCAACUGGAAGUCUACCCCACGUAACUGCUUAACUGAAGAUACCUCCUCCUCUUCCUUAAUUGUAUUUGCAUUACCAAUUCCUGAAGCAAUGAAGGUAACUAGUUUCCUGCAGACUGUUGGCUCCACCUAGCGGUUGCAACUGUUUAUAGCUUACAGCAAGGCUUGCUGUCCAGAGCCUUUCAUUGCUGUUUCCCUGUAAUGUCAGGGGAGCACAUCUGAGCUAAGAGCCUGCGGGAGAAAUGCGAGGCACUUUCCUGUGCAUUCCCUGAAAAUGAGAAUUAGGAAACGGAUGAAAACAUUAUGUGGGUAGAUCCCAGGCCAGCUCCUACACAGUUGCUAGGAUUCUUGGAGAAACUGAGAACAUAGAGGGGUGAGGAUGUCACCCACACUUUGGAUUCUGAGCAGUAAUGACCUUACACCCAAGGUAAAUAUUAUCUUUGGAUAACUAGAGAGAGGUUCAGUCUCUAGACAUGAACUCCUCAGACCCCUUUUCCUGUGGGAAGCACCUAAGUCACUCACCUGUCUUUAACUUUGCAGCCUGGGAGGGAACAAGUGUCAGCCCAGAGAUCGGAGGCCUGUGCUCUUCUUCCUGAGCCAGUGCGGAAUGCGGCCCUGCUAGGCUUACUAGUUGGAAGGUCAGGACCUGUUUAGGCAUAGCCUCCAGUUCCUUUUGGUGUACACUGAGUGAGCUUACAGCUUCCAAGCUGAAAGGAAAAGAAAAAUACCUGUGAGAAGUGGGGAAUGUCUGUGAGAGGGCUUGGGUUCUUGAAUGAGUAUAACGAAUGAAGUCAGUUUACAUUAGGGGUUUUAUAUUCAUUUUGAAGUUUUCUAGAAUCCUCCAUUCCCCUAGCCUGUACCAAAAGAAAUGAUGAUGUUAAAGUAGUACCCACCCAUCAUAGAAAAGUGUAUGGAUAUGAGCCCAUCAUCCUAGAACAGAGAAAUGACACUGAAGUAGCUUUACCUGCUUAGGCUGAAGGAUCAGGCCUCAGUUGCUGUGGAGACGAGGGUGAUGUGCAGACGGUGGUGGUGCCAGUAGUGUUGCACUGAUGCUAAGCUGUGUCCCCGGGAGUUUGUUGGGCUCUCUGCCCAGCAUGUGAUGUGUUCUCAUUCUUACUUCUCAGUUAAGAAGACACCCAGCUCUGUGGUCUUUAUGGGGCUGUGAUUUGAACUACCCUGGCUUCCUUGUGGCACGGUUUGUGCUCAGGCAAACACUAAUGUCUUGAUUGGGAAGCUCAGGGGGUUCAGUUUCAGUGUCCAGGGGAGCUGGACAGUUUAGAAACCACUUUUGCUAAACAGUCUGCUAAGGAGUUGCCCUUCUUGCUGGCUGUCUCCCCUUAGCCAAUAGUGUAGCUUGUGCGAUUGUCUGAAGUAUUUUUGCCAGUCCUCUGUGAUAAGACAUUUCUUACAUGAUGACACUUAGAAUUGGGGCUUGACCUAGGACACCCUGCACUGGGUUUCAGAUUUCUAGUGUCUGGAAGUCCUGGAUGGCCUGCAAGGCUAGCUGUUCUGCUAACACACAGCCAAGACAUGGUGGCUUAGAGGUCCUACAUGUUCUGUUCUGCUUAGGAGCAAGUACUGUCCCUUCAAGAUUGAGUUGAUAUGAGUAUCCCAUAACAUUUUUGUCUCCAGGUACCUGAAUUAUUGCUAGUCAGAAUAUUUGCUAGUGACUUGGUUAGGAUUCACUUAAAUCCCAGUAAAAAGAAAGCCUAUAUCCUACUGUCAAGUCGUAAGCUUAGAAGUUACUACUUGAGUGACAUAUUUUCCCUGACAGACUAGACACUGUCGUAUGUUUCCUGUGCUGUUACAGUACGCAGUACUCUGCUCCUUUGAGAAUGGUAGUGUCUAAUGAGACAGGUCUGCGGGCAUCUGUGGAAGCAGUAGAGGCAGGGCAAGUCCAUGAGACAGUGAGAAUGCUGACGGAGUGAGGCCGGAGGUGUCAGCUGGGUAAGAAGGCAACCGGCGGAGUGAGGCUGAGUCAGGAAGAUGGGCAGCUUCCAACCAUGUGGGUUUAUGGCACGAUAGAGAUAGGGCCAAAAGGCCGGCCUGCUGCAAACCUAGGGAGGGGGAGAGGGAUCUGGGCAAGGCUUGUAUUGUAUUGUACUGUAUUGUAUUGUGUUGUAUUGUGUCCCUGGCUGGGGUAGAAACUUGGCGUGGCAGUUUCCAGUAAGAUGAAGACUCAGUUAGGAGUCCUAGGCUCCGCCUCAGCACUUGGGAAGUUCAUGUGAGGGCAGGGUCUAGAUACUGACAGCUUCUGGGUAGCAGCUCCUUUCCACAGAGGACUCGCAGUUAUCUCACCCCAUCCUUGGCACACGGUCUCCUGAGCAUUCCACUUUGCUCUGAGAAAUAGUCUUUACAGUCCUGCUGGCAGACUAGGCACUUCCUUUGCACCAGCUUAACUGUCCUGGGCGUGUCUAGGCCUGAGAUCUCGGAGUUGUUACUAGGAUCUACUGCUUGUUUUUCUCAGUUCUGGCUAAAACUUGGACCUCUCUUCUCUUAAUUGAGCCCCAGAAAACUGCUGUCCCUUCCUAGAUUGUUUGCUAGACACUCAACUGAUGAAAACCUUUAUUUUUUUUCUUUCCUUCCUUCUUUCUUUGUUUCUUUCCUU